AUGCCUAGCAGAGGCGGAAAAUCGCGUGGCCGUGCGGGCAGCAACACUCACAGCGGACAAGGAAAGCGCGACACUGCCCAGCAGGCAGCCAUUCCCACACACCCAGGGGAAGGAUCCAAGCCGGGGCUGCAUGAGAGUCAGCCAAAGGACGCUGCCUCCAAAACCGACAGAGAGAAACGGGCCAGCCGAUAUGAACAGGCUCGCGAGCUGCAACUGCGGGAGGAUGCGAUCACACGCUUGCGUGCGCAACUCGGUCAAAAGGAACGGGAAUGCACGCAAAUCAGACACCUGCGGGAUGAGUUGCAGAGCCGGCUGGGCCGAGCCGAAGAACAAAAUGAAGAGCUCAGAGAGCAGGUCAAACAGUAUGAGGCGGCGCACUUUCGGCUGGUCGGAGAAGAAUCUCUUCAACCGUACCUCCGCAAAAUGAUCCGGUGGGCGGCUUUGCCCGUUGACUGUACGGACGGUGAGAGACCAGAUACUGCGGUCGAAUGGUAUUGGGAUCACAUCGACGGGGAAGUCCGUUUCUUGUCCGAAUGCUUUUUUCCGUAUCCGGCGCCAUGGGACAGUUUACCACCCGCUUUGCGAGAGAAGCUGGCUCGCUUGACGCCAAAAGCGCAGGAGUAUAUCGAGGACAAACACUGCGACGCCGUCUUUCUCUAUGAGGCCUGGAUUUGGCGCACCCUAGUCGACACACUGUUUCCCGACGUUGGGGCCACCGAGGGACCGCUGGUCGGAGAGCAGAGUGAACACUGGGCAGCCUACGCCCGCCUCCGACGUCUUGCGGCACCACACCUAGCAACUAGUGAAGAAGAAGACACAUCUUGGACCGUCCGGUAUCGCAUCUGGCGCAAUCUCACCGUGGGCAUCAUACAACACGUCACCGGGGACAAGACACGAAUCUCUCCUGAUUCUGUAGCCAACGCCUUGAAGAACGAACUCGACCCCCUUUUCUGCACCGACCAUGGGAUGACCCGGGAACGGCUGCACGAAGUCAUCCAAUGCAUCGCCCAAUCUGCCACCGCCCAGAGGGCCGACGGCUUCCAGAUGGCACCAAUAGGCUCGAGGCCUCUCGAGGUCCUGUCGUCUUUCGACGGCCGGAACAUCCAACUUAUCACCACGCCUCAAUUGCGAAUGCGUGGGAACUACUAUGGAUGUGCCAACGGCUUACCAAUGAUCCAGAAGUACCGGAUGACGGUCUUGACGGACAAACCUGGUCCCCCUAUCCCAGUCGAGAAAGAUGGCGGUGUUACUGUUAGUACGGGAACAUCGCCAGAAGGUGCAUGA